AUGAUACGGGCUUUGCCCUCCAGCUGGGUUUCUGUGUGCAGCGUAUCAGCUCCAUACCACUCUGAGCAGACUGCAGGGCAGGAAAGUCUACAUAUUCACUACUGCCCAUCCUACCAAGAAGGCUUGUGUCAAAAGUGCUGUUUCUUCAAAUGGAUGAGGUUGUGUUUCUGGAAAAGAUGGCUUCUAGGAAUAUUACUUAUAGUUUCUUUAACAGUUGCAGUAAUCAUGCUAGUCCUGCAUUAUUUGUUCUCUCCAGCUUUCUCCUUUAUUUAUAUCGGGGGAAGCGUAGAAAUUCUUAAUUUGACUUAUACAAAUGACCUCAAUGAUCCAAAGUCACAGAAAUUCCUCUUGCAAGCAGAAGCAAUCCAAAAUUAUUUUGCAGAAUCGUAUGAGUCUUCCUCCUGGGGAAAGUACUACAUGAAGUCUGUAGUAGCUGCUUUCAGUGAAGGAGAAUCUGGACUCCGAGCUUACUACUGGAAUAUAUUCUGGGCACCACAAUAUAUGGUUGCUUCUCUUAAAAAAUUAACCCCAGUGGAACAAAAAGAAAUCAGUCAUAAACAGGCAGCUCAUAUGUUCAAUUCUUCUGGGGAGGAAGAUUUUGAUCUUGUUACAAUGGAGCUUUUUGUUUCAGAUUCCACAGAGUAUGAAGUGAUGCUAAAAUCAGUAUCCUUUGACCUGUAUGCCAAGCCAGGUAACAACAGGACUCUAACUCUGAUGAAUCCCAAAAAGUCUUUUUAUCAAUGGAGACUGCGAAUUCCCUCUAACUGUGUGGUGAGACUGGUAGUUAUCACUUUGCAUGGUGUUACUCCAGAGAGCUGUGCAUCCCACCACUUAUCAGCAUACGAUUUCCUUCUUCCUCUGCAGAACAAGAUCAUUACAAGAUGGUGUGGACCUGGGGUCUGGACUCCUCCUGUUGUACGCUUAACUUCAUCAAGUAAUGUAAUGUUGCUCACCUUCUCACUGGACCGAAGAGAAGAAAGCAACAUAUUGAAAGCUCACUUUCAAGCCAUUCCUAAAAUCAUGUGUGGUGGUCAUUAUAUUUCCUGGAAUGGGACACUGAGUUCCCCCUAUUACCCAAGUUAUUACUCACCAAACAUUGACUGCAGCUGGAUCAUCAGAACACCAUUGCCUGGCUACAAGCUCUUAUUAAAAAUCAUCAUAAUACAAAUCCAAGAGAAGUCUCCAGGGUCUAGUAAAUGUGAUAAAGACUGGUUAGAAAUUGAUGGGGUUAGAUACUGCAAAGCUCUCUCAGAAAGCAAUAGAAGCAGAGAAUAUGGCUAUUCUGUGGCAAUCAACUUCCAUUCUGAUGAACUUGUCACCCACAGAGGAUUUUAUAUCGAAUACAAAGCCUUCAGUCACACAGAUCGUUGUAAUCCAGAAUGGUUCAAUUGUGGUGAUGGGAAGUGUAAGCAUCAGUAUAAAUCUUGUAAAGAUGCUGACAGCUGUGGGGAGGACAGUGAUGAAAACAAUUGCUCCUAUAAAAGUUGCCCCCCUUAUGCGUACAAAUGCCUCAAUGGAAAAUGUUUGCUGAAACCAAAUCCCGAGUGUGAUGGGAAAAGAGAUUGUGCAGGUGGAUCUGAUGAAAUGAACUGUGCCUGUGGAAGACACCAGCUUAAGAAAACCAGAAUUGUUGGAGGUGAAGAUGCAAGUUCUGGAAAGUGGCCUUGGCAAGCAAGUUUACAGAUGGGAGCACAGGGUCAUGUAUGUGAUGCAUCUGUUAUUUCCAAUAGGUGACUCAUAUCUGCUGCCCAUUGCUUCCUGGAUUCUGAUUCUGUGAGAUACUCGGUUCCUUCGGGAUGGAGAGCAUAUAUGGGCUUAUGUGCUAUUAAUGAAAAGAGCAAUCGUGUAGCUAUGAGAUCCAUCAAAAGGAUUAUUGUCCACCCACAGUAUGACAAAUCCAUCUCAGACUAUGACAUUGCCCUGUUGGAAAUGGAGAUGCCUGUAUUCUUCAGUGAGCUGGUACAGCCCAUUUGUUUACCCAGCACCUCUACAGUAUUUGUUUAUGGAACUGUCUGCUAUGUAACUGGCUGGGGAGCCAUAAAAGAAAAUAGUCAUCUUGCCAAAACAUUGCAGGAAGCUCAAGUGAGAAUAAUUAACCAAAGCAUUUGCAACAAACUGUACAACGAUCUUAUCACGUCACGUAUGCUGUGUGCUGGGAAUCUUAAUGGUGGUGUUGAUGCGUGCCAG